AUGGCUCCGCGAAAGUCCUCCUCCAAGUCAGUCAGGUCGCAUCGGUCGACGUUGUCGCUGCAAAAGACCGAGAUCGUCAUCCAUGUCUAUGACCUCUUGCCGCCGGGCAGGUUUUCCUCGUUUCUAUGGGCCAUCGGCACAUCCCUAUUACACAGCGGCGUCGUUAUCAACGGCAGAGAAUAUGCAUACGGCGGGCACGAUAAGAGAGGCGUCACCGGUGUGUAUUGGACGAAGCCCAAGACCUUACCACCGGGCGGAACAUUCAAGCACGAGAUCCUCCAGGGUUUCACAUUGUCACCACAGAACGAGAUCGAUGCAAUCAUACACGAGGUUUCACAGGAAUUCCAGGGCACAUCAUACAACCUCCUUACCAAGAAUUGUAACCACUUUACGGCGUACCUCUGCCAGAGGUUAACAGGAAGGCCUGGACCCGGAUGGCUGAAUCGAGCUGCGAGCAUCGGAGUUGCGCUUCCGUGUAUCGUACCGAGAGACUGGAUCGAGCCCCCGGAAUACGACACUGCCGAUGGCGAACUGCUUGACGAGAAUUCCGAUGAGAGGUCUAGAAUGCUACGGACAUCCAGCGAGCGACCGAGGCUUGUCGAUCUUCGAGGUAAGGACAACGACGCCGCAGCCUUGAAUCUUGAUGAAGGGAGUUCUGAGGAUGAGAAUCGCGAGGAAGAGAGGAGGAGGCGCCAGCAGCAUCAGCAUCAGCUGCAUCAACAGCAGCAGCAGCAGCAGCAGCGGUAG